GCCACAGUGCUGGCUCCAAUAAAUCUUUAAAAAUAAAUAAAUAAAAUAAAAGAAUAACAAGAACUCACCCCUGGCAAGGCCCCCCCUCCAAGAUGGCGGCCUCCUGCAGCCCCCUCCGCGGGGCUCUCCAAGUGCUCGCUGUCUCCCAGUGGGUCUUCUCCUUCUUAGCGCUCGCCCAGGUGUGCCUGGUGGCCUUGAUCUUUGUGUUCCUGAGCCGGGCCUGGACCCUUGGGGUCCUCUACCUGGUCUGGCUGUACUGGGACAGGGACACACCCAGGGCUGGAGGCCACCGCUUUGCCUUUGUCCGGGACUGGGCUGUCUGGAGACACUUCUGGGACUACUUCCCCUUCUCCAUGUAAUGGCAGGGACGCUGUGCUGGGGGUGGGGUGAGGCUAAGAAUACUGGGUACCCUUCUCCCCCAAGCUCAGCCUCAGGCCCGGGUGGUGCUGCCCG